UUGUUACUUGCCUCGACGGACGCUCGCCGGCUGCCCCCUGCAGGAAGUAGACUAGCUACGGAGAUUGUGUUCUUUCUUUUCUCAUCUACUCGUCACAUUUCAUACUUUAAAUAUAUCCACUUGUGUGGGUUCGUAAACGCGCUUUACUUUGUAGUAGUCCAAGUUGUGGUAGAACGAUCGACUGACGAAUUUAAAAAACCGUGACUUGUGUAUACAAAGGAGUCAGCGAUGCUAUGCUAGUAUAUUGUUACAUGUACACAGACGGUGGUGUGGAUUUACGGAAAUCUUGUUUCAUUAUUUCUCUUUCUUUACUUGAACAGAGAAGUUACGGGAACUUUGACGCCGGCAAGACCACGCUGUUUAAAACCGUCACACAACACAUGUGGGUGUGAGAAGUCAGGACAAACUGCUGUUCGCCACGAUGCUUGAAAGAUUAGUACUUUGUGGGUAUACUUACGCAAAAACGCGAUAAGUAAUUACAGAUAAUGAACUAUCGCGCUGGUGUGUGUGUUUGCCGUGUACCGGCUCUGCUUACGAUAUCCGCACUUGAAGUAUUCAUGACCAAUUUAUAAUUAUAUAGCUGGGAGGAGAAAGACGCGUUUAGUGUGUGUGUACGAUUUAACCACUAGUCAACAUGCCAGGCAAGAGAGUGCUUACGGAUGGAUCGAAACAAACACAGAAACGUGGAAAAAAGGCCAAACUUAAAUCUGACAACAUCAAAGAAGGUGAGAUGGAUACGGAAACCAAAUCGGACAGUGUUACGGACAAAGUUUCCGUAAGUAAGGUGUUAGACUUAGAAGCUGUGGACGGCGCCACGGAGUAUUUGUGUCCCAUAGAGAAGGAGGGGGAUACUGUCCUGGAGGUAGAAUGUGGACCCAAUAAGGCUUUAAUGUAUUUAUCGAAACUUUACCAGGGCAGUAAAGGGUCGUGUCUGUCCUUUCAGGGGUCGUGGUUGACUCCUAAUGAAUUUCAGUAUGUAAGUGGAAGGGAAACGGCUAAAGAUUGGAAACGUUCCAUUAGGCACCAAGGGAAGAGCAUCAAGCUUCUCUUUUCCAAGGGAAUCCUUUCUGUAGGAGGGGGAGGAACGUCUAAGAAUGCUAAACGACCAAAGAAAGGUGGGAAACGACAAUUGUCUGCCCGUAGGGGUCGCCGAAAACUUAACGUUAAUCUUGACUCGGCCGGCGAGGAAAAUGGGGAGAGUCGGGAAACGGAAGUUCAAUGUGGUGAGGAACAGGCAGUCAGCGGCAGUUUCGAAGGAGGAAAAAAUAACGCAGAACUUAGCAAAGAGCAAGUGAAUGGUGAGGGUGACCUUUCGGAUGCAAACAGUGACUCGACGGAAAAUUACGAUGUAGAUUUUCUGGACUCAGUAACGGAGACAGACAAAGUGUCCUCCGAAAGCGAAGAGAAAUCAAAAAAUGCAAAUCCACAAUCAGCAUCAACACAAGGACAUUUCAAAAACGAGAUGGACGUGUUUUCAUUUGAGUCUAGCGAAGAAAGCGAUUCUUGUUCAAAGACAGACAAAUCGUGUGACAAGAAAACAGCAGAUGAUGUGCCGGAAAAGACAGUGCCAUCCGAGUGUGAAACGAAAGUUAACGACGUGGGUGAUGACGGUGAGGAAAACACGAAGCUUGGAGAGAAAGAGUCAGGAGAAUGUCUAUCUGACAAAGAGGACGACAAUGCCGAGGAAGUGGAGGAUACUGAACAACCGACAGACGAGGGAUCAAACAGUGUCCACGAGGAGGUGGAGAAAAACGCGGAACUGGAAAUCAGCGAGGAAAAAAAGGACGAUACUGUUGAAACUCUGACUGAGAAAGAGGUGACCUCAGACCAGGAGGCAAAGGAGGAGGAGAUCCACGAGGAUCACAAAAUAGAGGACGAGGAAGAAGAAGAUGAUGAACAAAAAGUAGAGGAACAAAAAUCAUCUUCUAAGCGUCCAAGUCCUGCUAGAGAGUCUAAACUAGGCAGCAUCAUAGACCAACUGCGGGUCAACCGAGAAAAGGUGACGAAGGAGAGACGAGAGCACGACCUGACCAAUAGGAAAAGGGACAGUCCUAGUGACAUUUCUAAGAAGACUACGGAUUGCCCCUCCGAUAAGAAACAAGGAUAUCCGUCUGAUUUCACUAAAGACAAUGGACACGACAUGCUUGAACCAAAUAAUGGAAUGGACGACAUCAACAAAAUACGACGGGAAAGCAUGCCCGAGUUUUCAAAAGACAACCCAGGAGAAACAACAGAGUCCUGUCAGGAGAAGCGAGAACAGGAUAUAGACGAAGCGAAGCUGAACAAGGUCAUGUGGCAGAUGCCCACACCGCCGAUCAGAAAUCCACUACCAACAGAAAUGAAAAUUGCAAAAAUAAUAGACGAACAAAGAAAAGAUUCCAGAAGACAGACGCCUUGUACGGAGGAAAGGAAAGUCUCGAAAGGUCACUCAUUAUCCACUAACCUUCAUCAAAAGAGGCAUCCUGAACGUUCAACUUCCGCGCCAAGUGAAAUAAUGGAAUUUCUUAACAAAAAGCGGGGAAGUAGCAGCAGUGACCGACACUCCUUUCCAUCAGCAGGGAUUUUGUAUCCGUGGAUGAAAAAGGAGUCGGAGGAUAUCAACGAGAGGACAAAUAAGUCUCGGACUUCCAGUCCAUCUGCUCGUCUCACUCCGGCCGACAAAGUAAAGAAAUUAUCUACACGAGAAAAGAAGGAAUCAUCCUCGGAAAAGGACUACAAUGACUAUAUGAGGGUUCUCGCCGCCAAACAGGAACGCAACCCUUUCUUUCUGUCUCCGCCUGUUCACGACCCAUACUUCUCCAUGUGGACUCCGGAUUUGCUUUUCCCGCCCGGACUGUUCAAUCCCUACUCCAUGUUUCUCGGCCCUAACAGUCAGCGUGGCGAGGUGCCUACAACCACAUCCAUUUCAUCUUUAUGUUCCAUGCCACCCAAUAGUGGACUUCCGGGAUUCAUGGCGCCACCACGACCCCCGCAUAUGUCUUACCCUAUCCUCGACUCGUGCGUACCCCACCCCAGUCCCAAGGAGUCACCGUCCUUACCUCAUUCCUGUCAGAGUAACUCCCGCAAACGGGGACCUGCAGAAGCCGACACUGCCUGUGCACUUGAUCUCUCCACGAAACGUACAAAACUCGAGUGUAGUAACAAUGACUACCUAGCUUCACCAUUACCACGAUCGUCAGAAUCUGUUGACAAUUGUAAAAAAAAAAUGGUGAUGAAUUUGCCAAACGAAAAAAGUCCCGAAGGAGACAAAUCGAACAUUCAUAAAACACAUAAUAGCCAUCGUCAUAAGACAAAAAAUAACCAUUCCAUGUGGCAGGAGAAGGACCUAAAAGGCUCCAAGUUAUUGUGUAAAUGUGGAGCUGAUAAUCCAGAAAACAUCAUGAACUGGUCAGCGGAGAAGGUGUUCGACUUCGUCUCUAAACUGGAGGGCUGUAGUUCAUACGCAAAGACUUUCCUGGCACAUAGAAUAGAAGGAAAGCUCCUACCGCUCCUGACCACGGACGCUCUUAUUCGCAACCUCGGCAUGAAAGUCGGCCCUGCCAUCAUUCUCAGUGAAGCUGUUACAAGGCACGUGCAAGACAUGAGCCGCUUCUUUCAUCCGUGUAGCUACUGCAAACUCAAGACGUCCCAGCGCCUGUCCGUGUGAUGACGUCACCACACGUGUCAAAAUGUUUCCAGACAUCUUUGUUACAUGAGCACUGUUAUUUAUUUGUAAAUGUACAUUUCGCGCAGCUCGAAAGUCCCGAACCUCGACCCUUUGUGUACGGAGCGAGAUGGUAUAGGUCAUUGGCUGAUCGUGUAGACAGAACAGCAUAUACAGUGUUAAAUCAGGGAUAUCCUACUUUCAUUUUUCGAAGUCCUUUUUCUAUGUGACGUACCACACAUCUUUUGAUGAUGUAAGAAUACACUGAUAGAAAUAGUAGGUUGUGGUGAAUUACGUGUUGAUAAUGUAAUGUCAAAACUGACAAACAAUUUAUGUAAACUGUUAUUAUGUUGAAUGGUGCUACGUGUUUUGACAUAACUAGUGUAGACUGUGCUAGAUAAGAGAGUCACUUUGACAGAGUGUGAAACACUUGUGUAGACUGACAAUUCCCCUCGACGGGGUACUAGUCAAUGACCCAGGUCCUGAAUCGGACCAGAAUCACUCGGAUCAACGCCAGUGUAAUGCUAUGGAGUACUUAUUUAAUCUAGGAUGCUGAACAGAUGACGCUUGAUGUUUUAAUCACGGGAAGCUCCUGUGAUGUUUUAACAUAGCGAAAUGACACUUAGAUGGCGCUUUUGAAUAUGUCAUAAAUUAACUGCAAUAAAGCCGCAUUGAUCAACGGCUAUUGUUUGUAAGGUGGGCAUCACUUUGUAUUGAUGUGGGUGCCUGCGGAUACUUGAGUGGGUGACGUGGAUUCCGGUCAAUCAGGGCUCCCUGGUGAUCGAUGACACGUGACUUCUCCAUGACGUAAUCUAUGUUUACAUUCCUCUGUCAGUCUACACGGGAUGUCGUUUUUGCAAUAUCACCCAUGCUUCAACUGUCUUUAGUGCAGUUUAAGUAGGGAUCGCCAGCCAUUAACAUAUUGAUGUACGUAGACGCAAACUAAAUCAAAUGUUUCGUGUGAUGCAUAUUAUACGUAAUGUGUUGUCUUACUAUGCAGAUAUAUAUAUGUGUGUGUGUACUGUAGAAAUCCUAGCGUAGGAUUAUGCAAUUUCAAGGGUCGAAAUAUGAUAAUGUCAAGCAACUAGGAGGGAUUUUUUUUAUGACGAAAACGCAGCUGUAGAUUUAGUGAUUACAUUUUGUCUGUAAUAUAUUACUAUUGUGCACGGGAUUUGUUGAUUAUUUCAGUCAUAGGGUCAGCAGUAUUGAGACUCUUGACGAUAGGUAUGGUAGAAACCUGGUCUGCCACACUGCUGUUCAUUGUCACCUGGACGACAACUUUAGAGCCGACUUUAGGCGUAGUGAGAUUGUUUUCUGCCGUCACUACAAUGUCGUAAAAUUUUCUCGGUAAAGGCGGGAUCAAUUAAUCUCGCUUUGCCUCGCUCUCGAUAGUGUCACCAACGACAGAAUGAGAUGUCGCAGAGUCUCGCUGUCGGUGAUGUCGCUAAUGACAGCAUGAAUUGAUGUCACACAGCCUCGCCCUCCGUUAUGUCGCUUAAGACAUAGGAUAUGAUGAUGUCACAGAGCCUUGUUAGUAUGAUGUCGCUAAUGACAUGGUAUGAUAUCAUGAUGUCACAAAGCCUUGUUGGUAAUGUAGCUAACGAUAUGGUAUGAUGUCAUGAUGUCACAAAGCCUUGUUGGUAAUGUAGCUAACGAUAUGGUAUGAUGUCAUGAUGUCACAAAGCCUUGUUGGUAAUGUAGCUAACGAUAUGGUAUGUCAUGACAUGACAAAGCCUUGUUAGUAAUGUAGCUAACGAUAUGGUAAGAUAUCAUCAUGUCAAAAAGCCGUGUUAGUAAUGUAGCUAACGAUAUGGUAUGUCAUGACGUCACAGAGCCUUGUUAGUAAUGUAGCUAACGAUAUGGUAUGUCAUGACGUCACAGAGCCUUGUUAGUAAUGUAGCUAACGAUAUGGUAUGUCAUGACGUCACAGAGCCUUGUUAGUAAUGUAGCUAACGAUAUGGUAUGUCAGGACGUCACAGAGCCUGGUUAGUAAUGUAACUAACGAUAUGGUAUGAUAUCAUACUGUUACAAAGUCUCCUGGGUUAUGUCGCCAGUGACAUUCUAUUAUAUCAUGAUGUCGCUGGGUUUUGGCGCUCACGACAUAGAAUGCAAUUCAGUCUAAGGGCUUCGUUAUCAGUUAUGUCGCAAGAAACAUAGUACGAGGUCCUGACAGCACCGAAUCUCGAUUUCGGUAAUGUCGCAAGCUGACGACAUAAUGCGGUAAGGGUGUUUAUGAGUGUUUAUAAUGACGCUAUGUGACAGAGUACGAGUUUUCAUGCCGCAGGACGUUCUCAGAAAUGUUGCUUAUUAACGACAUCCUACGGUUUUAUUACACAAGAAAGCCUCGUUCUCGCUUAUGAAGAAAUCCAAUUUGCAGGAAAAGGAAAUCCAAUUUUGGCGCUUGCGUGCUCCACGCAAGCCGGGUUUUCACCUGGACUAAAUCAGUAAUGUAUAUAUCAUGUUUGUGUACCAAGUUUUGGUGUACGUCUUGAUGUCAGUCGAUUAAAGAAAAUAUUGAAUAUA